AUGUUCAUCACUGCGGUCCCCCAAGUCGUGCGGAAGCCCCGUGGAAGCACCCAUAACUCUUCAGAGGCGUUCCACUUGAGCUCCAUCUGUGAGCUUGACGUGUGGAGCCUCGCAAGUAGUUUCUCCCCCGAAGAUUCUCGUGUGAGAACGGGUGUCUACACGCAUUGGUUCGCGUGCAUCUAUGCGCUCAAGUAUGCGUACAGAUAUGAAGUUUCUCUUCGUCCUCGCAACGACGCGGAUCGCGGGCUAGCUCUGCUGUCUGGGAAUCAGCGGCGGUCACCCCGUUGGCUAGCUGAGGUCAUUCGCGUUUCCAGGCGCGUGUCUUGCAGCUUCCAGUCAGCUGUGUGCAGCCGCGUGAUUGUCGAGUUGCUGGCGUCAGGCCGGUCUCUCCUCAGUGCCUCGCUGGUUCCGCUCCUCGCCCCCAGGACGCCAGACCCGACAACGGCGUGGGUCCUCCCCGUCCUUCUGUUCCACUCUGUCGGGGCUCUCCAUCUGUUGCUUCUUUUCCUUCCUGCCCCUGCGCCGCGGUCUUCUACGGAACAUGCUUUUUCUCCCGCUGUCUACGAGCUCAUCCUGACUCUCUUGGCAUGCUGUCCGCCGCCGCAUGCACCGAAACCGUCGGUCUCUGGGGACAUGCCCGCAUUCGUCAAGAGAGAGGCGACAAAUGCGGAGGCGGGAAGCCUCUCUGGAAACGCUGCGGGCGAGGACUCGUGCGCCGCAGCGCCAGCCGGCCCGCGGAGCCGCUGCUUGCCUUCGAGUUCUUCGCCGGAUUCUCGACGCGCAGCAGGGCGGCGCCGUCCGUCCUCCUCGACUGAAGCCGAGAAGCCUUCGCUUCCUGAAGAGCGGGACGCAGCAGACGACGAGGAAAAGGAAGGCGAAGUUGGCAUCCCCUCGUUUGUUCGGAAGGCAGGAAGGGAAGAGCGCAGCUCUCUUGUUCUCGGGCCGUCGGCGACGCGGAGGCGAACCAACACGGAGGCGCGUGAGGAAUCAUCGGCUGCAGAGACAAGUCGCGCCAGAGCAACAGAGUAUGCAGCCGCCUUGUGCUUCGCCGUCCAACACUGGCAGUUGCCGUUCGCGACUGCCCUUCGGCUUCUCAACCGUCUCCGCUGCUUCGUCUUUGGGCAGUCUCCAGUCUCCGAUCUCGAGAUGCCUUCCUUCACGCAAGCGACGAUGGCCGAACCAGACUCUCAGAGCGGCCUUUCGUCUUCCUCCGCGGCGCGCGGCGCUGAGCACACCUCUCUCCUCGCGCUUCUUCUUCCGCACUUUUCACCGGAACCGACGCCCAACUCAGAGGCGAGUCCUGCGGCCACGGCACACAGUGUCUCCGAUUCCGGGGACGAGCGCAUGCGCAGGGCGCGAACCUUUCAGACCCGCCGGGCUCUCCCCUUCGUCGGGGGCGGCGCAGCCACGGGCGUCUGCGUCUGA